AAUAAAACGCAUCAAUCAAGAAUCAGUCAGAAAAGCCAUAGAAGAUAUAGAAAAAGGCUUCUUCUAUGGCUAUCUACAUCAAAGCCUUUGUUUUGCUUCCUUUGCUUUUUAUUUCAUCUUAUGCUAGAAACAAACAUAUUGACCUAGGCUUUGACAAUGCUGACGACUCUUCGUUAGGAGUAAAUGUUGAUCGUUCCCCAGAUGAAAUUUUGAAAUUGAAUGACGGCAAGAAUAAGAAGAAAGAGUCUAAGAAGAAAAACAAGAAACAUGAAUUAAUAUUUCCAGAUCCCAAGCCAGAUUUCGAGACAGAAAAUGGUGGUUCUUGGAUAAUACAUUCAGAAAAUGCUGGUGUUGCAGCCAUGCAUAUACAAUUGAUGCCAAAUAACAAGGCUAUUUGGUAUGAUACCACAAAUCUUGGACCAUCUGGAAUUCAAAACAACCCUACAUUUUGCAAGCCUGUUCCAGAUAAGCCUGACGAGACAGAUUGUUGGUCUCAUGGUGUCCAAUAUGAUGUUGAGAGUGGUCAAGUUAGGACGUUGAAGAUAAUGACGGAUACAUGGUGCUCAUCGGGAGGUUUGUCCUCUACCGGUGAAUUAGUAAGCACGGGAGGUUAUCGUGAAGGAAUUCGCAGUAUAAGAAUCAUGAAUCCAUGCGAUAACUGUGAGUUUCAAGAAAAUGCAAAUGGUCUUGCUGCUAUGAGAUGGUAUGCUACUCAACAUAUGCUUGAGAAUGGUAGUUUCAUUCUUGUUGGAGGUCGUGGUGCACAUAACUACGAAAUUAUUCCACCAGGAAAACUGCAGUUCCAAGUGCAACAAUUUGGGCUAAAUUUUCUUAUUGAAACCGAAGAUGAGAAAGAGAACAAUCUCUAUCCGUUUGUCAAUCUUCUCCCUGAUGGGAAUGUGUUUAUUUUUGCAAAUGACAGAUCAAUAGUCAUUGAUCCUUACAGUGGAAAAACUCUCCACGAACUUCCUGUACUAGCUGGAGGUGCAAGAAACUAUCCAGCAUCAGGAAUGUCCGCACUUUUGCCAAUCAAUCUCAAUGUUCCUAAUCCCGAAGAUGUUGAGGUCGAGGUCAUUGUUUGCGGAGGCAACACCAAGGAUGCCUUGAAAUUUUCUGAGUUUCCACCUAGACAAUUCUUCCCUGCAUUAAAAGACUGUGGAAGAAUAUUUGUUAACAAACAAGGAGCUGAAUGGGAUAUUGAAGAAAUGACCUCACCAAGAGUUAUGGGAGACAUGUUGCUUCUACCAACUGGAGAUAUAUUGAUCAUUAAUGGAGCAAAGGCAGGAACUUCUGCAUGGGAUGCUGCUGAGGAACCUAAUCUUGUGCCACUUCUUUAUAGCCCAAACAAACCAAAAGGACAAAGGUUUAAGGAAUUGAACCCUACACAGAUUCCUAGAAUGUACCAUUCUGUUUCUGCUGUUUUACCAGAUGGCAAGAUUUUAGUGGCAGGAAGCAACACCCAUGCUUUGUAUGACUUUCAAGCUAAGUAUCCAACUGAUUUGAGAGUUGAGAAAUUCUCACCUCCAUACUUGGCACCUGAGUUAGAACAACAUAAACCCCAAAUUCUCGACGAUGGAGCCAACAAAGAGAUCAAAUAUGGACAGGAUUUCAAAGUCAAUAUCAAGUUGGAUGAAUUUGUGGAUGAGACUGACAUUAGGGUCACCAUGUAUGCUCCACCUUUCACCACACAUGGCUACUCUCAGGGACAAAGGUUGAUCAUUUUACAACUUAAAUCUGUAACAAACCAAGAGGUCACUGUAGUGGCACCACCGUCAGGCAAAAUUGCUCCACCAGGCUACUAUUUAUUCUUUGUAGUUCAUCGUGGUGUACCUAGCCAUGGAAUAUGGGUUCGAAUUGAUCAAUAGACAUAACCAACAUUAUCCCAAAAAAAAAAAAAAAAAAAAAAAGAGGAAGGGAAUAAGGUAGCAGACCUCAUCUCCAAACAGGCCAACAACGUAGCGGAAAUAUAACUCGUCAUUAUUGAGGGUCUGUAGUUGACGUACACAUCAACAACAUUGUCGACUUUGCUUUCCGGCGAGCCUUCUAAGCACUCAACCUCACUUUUAGAUGAUGUGAAAUCUUAGAGAGGAUUGCACUUAGAGACCAGAACCGAAUAUGUCACAUAUAUAACUGCGUUGCACCAUCAAGAGUAGUUGGGCAGUUCUUUUAAAUAAGGGGGACAAAAAUUUUAGAGGAUUUGAAAUUCAAAUAUCUGGCAAUUGAUUUAAUAAGCAAGUGGUUUCAUUUACCAAGUUAAUGUAAUAAUUCCUUAUUGUUCA